AUUCAUCACGUCGCGAAGCUAUUGUGCGUUGGCCCAUAUUUUGACGUCUUUGAAAAAUGGGUGCCUAACCUAAAAAUAUGAAGCUUCAAAAUUAAAUGUAACCUUGAAGUGAAAUAAAAAUAUAAUUCCAUUCUUAAUAAUUAUUUUUAUUUACAAUGGAUAGAAAUGAAGAAGACUGGUCAGUGGAUUGUUCUGACGACGAAAAAUAUGAGGUUGAUUUGAAAGGUGAAUGGAUUCUUAAGCCAGAUGAUAUAAUGAAUUUGAUAGAAGGAAUUGAGGCAAAUAAUAGAAUUUUGGAGAUUGAGUGGAAAUGUCCAGGUAGACGUGGACUUUCUCCAGCACCUUUGAGUAAUCAUCAACAGGAUCCUAAUCUUCAAGAAUAUAAACCCGAUGUAAAAUCUGACUUUGAUUUCAUGGAUGAAAUGGCAUCUCCUCGUCUUCCUGUUCGACGAGUGGGAGAAAGUACACCAAAAGGUAGUGCGAAAAAAAAAACUGCGAGUUUCAAUGGUGUUUUAUCGACUAUGCUACGUCAUCGUCGAUUGGAGCAACAAGAAAUAAAUUCAAGUCCCGCAAAAAGUGAGCCAACUUCGCCUGGAAUAAAAAUGCAAUCAAACACAUGAAGUUUUUCUCUUCAAAGAAACGAAGAAGAUGCAUAAUUGUCGAGAAACCUAUAUUUUUAUUUUUUUCAUGAACUCGGAAAAACAUGAACAAAAAUAAAAUCAUUAAAACUUGUAAACAAUUUAGCCUGGAUAUUGAAAAGGCAGAACUCCAUGUGAUGCUUUAAGCCACAUAAAAAGUUGUUUCCAUAGUUUUUCUUUGAAUAAAUAAAAAACUAUAAAGAGGGAGUAUAGUGAAUCUAAAAAUAAUUAAGAUUCAGUUUAGUUGCAAAAUUAUGAUUUUUAUAAUAGAAUAGUUUUUUAUUUGUAUAAAUGUACAGAUUUCUUUAUCACUCAUAUAUAUUAUGAGUUUGCUAAAAAUAUAGAAUUAAAUAAAUUUUACUAUAAAUUUCA